ACCCCUCUUUCAAUCUUCUUUUCUUUGCAUUGCAAUUCUCUGCUGCUGAAAUAAAAUCCCGGAUUCAUUCAAUUUUACACGCCAACGCAUUGUCGGUUCCUCCUGAAUCCUCUUGUCUUCCAAGUGAGUGGAUUCCUUUUUGUUAACUUAUUGGAAUCCCAAAUAAUCUAGACAAAAAAUAAGCAAGUCUUCUAAUCAAUCCGAAAUAAAACAAAAAUCUACUCACGCUACAGCCUACACUUUCAUAGUUGUAGUCGUUGUUGUCUCCUCAUAGUCGUUGUUCUCGUUGUUGUCUUCUCCAUUGAUAACUCUGUGAGAGUUAUUCAGUUUUUUGUUGUACACGUCACUAGAUUUCUUCUUCCACUUCACUUUUAUAAUCCAAACGAACGUACGAAACCGAUUUGUGGUGAUUUGAUAGUUUCAGUCUUGGAUUGAUUUCGUAGUGAACGAGGAGCGAAACGCAACGCGACGGCAAGAUGGCAAUUAAACCAGGAAUGGGACGAAAGUCUUCCAACAAGAAUCCACCAAUUCUUAGCCAUGAAUUUGUUAUCCAAAAUCAUGCAGAUAUUAUUUCCUGCGUGGCUAUGGUAUUCGUUGUGGGUUUGAUGGACGAGACCACGGCGAAGUUUGCCAGCCCGUUUGUAUCAUUGCAUCACAAUGUGAGUGGUGAGGAUCCAAGCCAUGAGUUUCCAACAGGAAAACCAUACACUUAUGCUGCUGGAGUCAAGGAUCAAUGUGCUAUCUUCUUUUAUACCUUGACCUGCAUCAUUAUGCAUGCAAUUCUUCAAGAAUUCGUUUUGGAUAAAAUCUCCAAGAAGCUUCACCUUUCUAAAUUCAAGUUGUCACUUUUCAACGAGUCUGGCCAGCUUGUAGUAUUUUACAUUCUUUCUUUCUUGUGUGGUGCCGAUGUAAUUCUUCGUGAAGGAUACUUUAGUAAAUUCUCUCUUCUAUGGGAGGACUUCCCCAACCAUCCAAUGAUUUUCCUGCACAAAUUCUUCUUCAUUGUUCAAAUGGCAUACUACUUGCACAUGCUGCCCGAGUUAUAUUUUCAAAAAGUCAAGAAGGAAGACCAACAGCCAAAGAUCAUCCAUGCAAUUACUGGAUUUUCUAUCAUCUGUUUGGCUUAUACAUUUGGUUUCCAAAGGAUCACUCUUGUUCUCCUCACUCUACAUUACUUGAGUGAAAUCAUUGCUCACAUUUUCCAACUUAUUGGAGUUUUCGACCGUGACGAAAAAUAUGCCAGCAUUCGCAUCGUCAACAGUGUGUUCUUUGUAUUGGUUCGUUUCGCCACAAUGGUCAUUGCUGUCCUUACCCUCUACUACGGCGUAGCUAAUACAGAACAAUCUACCCGUGGCUUUAUGGCGCUAAUCGGAGUUAUCAUCCUCCAAGGAUACCUGAUCUUCUCUUUCAUCACUGAACAAUUGCGUGCUAAACGUGAACGUCAACGAGAAGCCAAACAACAAUCACAGGCCAAAAAAAACAAAGCCAUCAAGGAUAGGGUCAAGAAGAAGAAGGAAAGCGAUCUCCCCGAAGCUGAUCAAUCACCCAGUCCAUCACACAGUGGCAAAAGUAAAGUUAAAUAAAUUACCAUCUUUAGCUUGCUUGCCAUUUCCAUCUAAAUAAAAUACACACACUUCCAUGCGUAUGUUGAGAAUUCUUAAAAAAAAAAAAACAUCCAACGUGAUCCCUCUUCAGAGUCUUUUAGAGUCAAGUUUUAUGUGUUGUUGUGCUGGAGUACAACAAUUCCGUUUAUUAUUGUCCAUUAAAUGGAUUGAAUUCUGUUUAUUUAAUAUUUUUUUUUCCAAUUUCGCGUGAAAGGGAUCCCGUGUGUUGAAGAAUUCUAUUUUAUUUUUUUCUAUUCUUUUUUUUAUUUCGUGUAUAUUUAAGCAACUUACUUCGUCCUUUCUUAUAAUUUCGUUUUCUUUUAAUUGUAAACUUUUUUAUUAAAACAAUCAAUCUAUAACAUUUUUGCGAAUGCUUGAGUAAUGACAAAAAGCUAAGAACGCAACAAGACUUUAUAGUGAAAAUGCACUUAGAGGGUAAUGAAAUAAUUUUUUUUUCUCCAGAAAAUGCAAACUAUUUUGUACAAAAAAAAAAAAUAAAUAAAAAACAAGUGAAACUUUUUUAUGAAAAAUUCAAAA